CACUGCAUCAGGUUCAGCUCACUGGGUCCUUGUUUGCGUUCUCUUCGUCGGGAAUAGUUGGACCUUUGAUCGUGUUCCAUAAAAUCGUGGACCAGCUCGAGUAGAAACACCUUGCUGGGAAGAGACCGAACCGCUCCGUUUUAUGCGCAGAUUUCUCAAUCACAGACACAGGUCCCCCGCCUCCUAUUGAUCCUUGUUUGGAGAUAAAUUGUAGAAAAAAGUCUGUCAGAGUCAAUGGCUUUGAUCGCUCAGCGCAGCUGCCUGUGGAUGCUGCUUACGGGCACAUGCGUAUGGCUGGUGGCUGGAACAGAUUGUGGAACGGAGUGUGCACGCUGUGUGAACGGUCUGCAAGGACAAAACUCUGCUUUCUCAAUUCUGACAUGCUCACUUGAGUGCGAGGGGGUGAUGGAUAUCCAGAGACUUCGCAUGUGCCAGGACUUUUUAUUUGAGACUGAUGACAAUGUUUCUGUGGAUGCUGAACCCCUUCAACAGCCAAACCAGGAAGCUGUGGAUGCAAUGAUGGCUGUGAAGGCUGUCAGUUUACCUAAACACCAGAUUGAUAAAAAGUAUGGUGGCUUCAUGAAACGUUAUGGAGGUUUCAUGUCCCGUCGUUCGUCGUCUGCCCAGGGGGCACUGAAUAAUCUGGAAAACAACAAUGAGGAAGAAAACAUUCGACUGGGAAUCUUGAAGAGUAUCAGUACUACAAAAGACCAUGGCAUGGAUGAAGGUAGUAAUGAAAAGAAAGCAGUGAAGAGGUAUGGAAUCGGUCAUGUUGAAGGGGACGUGGGCAAUCUCCUUCAGUCAGUUUUGGGUCAUGGUCUUAAGAAGCGCUACGGAGGGUUCAUGAGGCGUGUGGGAAGGCCCGAAUGGCUCGUAGACAGCAGCAAGAGUGGUGGGGCUCUAAAAACAUCUUGGGAAAAUGGAAGUGGGCUACAGAAGAGGUACGGGGGCUUCAUGGAUUAGGUGCCAAAGUGAUGACACCCCAAAUUCUUUAAGCGCUUCUUGUUAACCCAUGUCGGACCAUGUUUGUGCUUGCAUCAACGUUUUGCCUCGUAUAUUAACUGCAGAGUAACAUCUUGAUUUAUAUAAUGUGCUCUGUAUACUUUAUUGGUUUUCCUUGUCCAAGUAUGAUAAAAAACUAAAAUAAAUAAAAAUAUACCACAAUACA